GCGGUCCCGGCUCGGAGCGCGCGGCCCGGAGCGGGCGCGGGGCGGCGGCGGAGCGGAGCGGGGCGGGGGCGGCCCCGCAGGUGGCUCAGCCUGCGCGGAGGGACCGCCGGGUCGGGGGGGCCGGGAGUGGGCGUGGGGGGGUGCAGCGUGCCCUAACCCCCCCUCCCCUCCAGACCCCCGGCGUGCCGAGGAUGAUCGGGGGGGGCCCACGAGCCCCCCAGCAGCCCAGGGGCGCCGGGAGCUGAGCUGCGGGUCCCCGCGCUGCUGACCCCCCCUCCAAGAUGUCCUACUUCACCGAGCACUUCUGGGGCGAGAAGAACCACGGCUUCGACGUGCUCUACCACAACAUGAAGCACGGGCAGAUCUCUACCAAGGAGCUGGCCGACUUCGUCCGAGAGAGGGCUGCCAUCGAGGAGAACUACGCCAAGGCCAUGGUGAAGCUGUCUAAGAUGGCCACCAAUGGGACCCAGCUGGGGACCUUCGCGCCGCUCUGGGAGGUUUUCCGCAUCUCCUCGGACAAGCUGGCUCUGUGCCACCUGGAGCUGAUGAAGAAGCUGCACGACCUCAUCAAGGAGAUCUCGCGCUACGGCGAGGAGCAAGGCCGGGUGCACAAGAAGUCCAAGGAGGAGGUGUCGGGAACGCUGGAGGCCGUCCAGCUCCUGCACGGGGUGGCCCAGCUGCUGCCCAAGUCCAAGGAGAGCUACCACAGCAAGUGCCAGGAGUACGAGCGGCUGCGCAAGGAGGGCACCAGCCAGAAGGAGAUCGACAAGGCAGAGCUCAAGUCCAAGAAGGCGGGCGAGGCGCUGCGGCGGGCGGUGGAGAAAUACAAUGCUGCCCGCGCCGACUUCGAGCAGAGGAUGCUGGAUUCGGCCAUGCGCUUCCAGGAGGUGGAAGAAGCCCACCUACGCCACAUGAAGGGUCUCAUCGGCUCCUACUCGCACUCCGUGGAGGACACCCACGUCCAGAUCGGGCAGGUCCAUGAGGAAUUCAAGCAAAACGUGGAGAACAUCGGCACCGAGAUGCUGUUACGGAGGUUUGCCGAGAGCAAAGGCACGGGGCGAGAGCGACCAGGAGCGUUGGAUUUCGACGAGUACCGGCUGGCCCCAGCGCAGGAAGGACCCAAGAGGAGUCGGAGUAAAGCUUUCCGUAUCCCUGGGUUGAGCCGUAAGGAGAGGGAUCGCGAUGCUGUGGAAUCCCCGGAUGCCGAGGUGGGCUGCCCGGAGGUGGAUGAGGACGGGUUCACCGUGCGUCCUGACGUCACCCGCACCGAGGCAGAGAACCACGUCUGCUCCUCCAGCGACUCCGACUACGACGAGGAUGAGCCCCGCAAGUUUUACGUCCACAUCAAGCCGGUGCAGCCCCGGGAGGCGGGUGGCAGCGCCGAGGCCACCGUGGAGCAGCUCAAGGCCACCGUGGGGAACCUCAUCCUGCCCCCCAGCAUCGGGGGCACCGUCAAGCGACAGUCGUCCCGGCACGUGGCGUCUCUGACCCCAGCCCCAAGUGACACGGACCCCGAGGGGACGCUGGCGGCAGGUGACAGUGCAGGGAGGGGGCGCCUGGCAGCGCAGGCGAACAGCGGCCCCGGGAAAGCCCCUCCGGACAUGGUGCCCCCUGACGCUCUCUUCGGGCCCCCGCUGGAGUCAGCUUUCGAAGCGGAGGAUUUCCCGGCCCCCCGCGCCUACGUCCUCACCUCCUCUUCCUCCCCUUUCUCCUCCUCCUCCCCGGAGAACGUGGAGGACUCGGGUUUGGACUCGCCCUCACACCCUGCGCCCGGACCCUCCCCGGACUCAAGACCCUGGACCCCACAGCCGGGGACGCCGCAGAGCCCCCUCCCCAAGCGGGGCGGCCCGUCGGACCCCCCGCUGCCUCCGCCGCCACCCCCCGCCACCCGAGAUCCCGGCGCCUGGGUGCCGCGGCCCCGCAGCCCCGCCGGCCGCCUCCCCGAGCCCCCCGGCUUCGCCGUCUUCAGUGGCCCCGGGGCCGAGGGGCUCUGGGAGGACGCGGAGACGGCGCCCCGGGGACGCAGCCGCUGCCCCAGUGGCCCGGCCCCCCGGGAAGCCCCCUCGCCCGACCCUUUCGGGGAGCCCCCGCCGUGGGUCAGACCCCGCAGCCCCAGCGGGGACCAUCCCCCUCUGCCCUGUCCUUCCUCCAACUCGGCCUCAUCCUCCUCCUCCUCCCCGGCCCCCCCCAGCAGGGGGGAGUCCUCCAGCCCCUCUCCGUGGAGCUGCCAAGGGUCCGGGACGAGGCUGACCGAGGGCGGCACGCCGGCGGCUCCCCCACCGCAGGCUGAGCCGGAUGCUCUCCCCGCCUGGCCCAGCGCAGCCCCCCGCGAGGUCCCGCUCAUGGCCCCCCCUCGCCGCUCCCGCACAAAGAGGCCGGUGGCCGGCCCGGCUGCAGGCAGCAACACCGACCUGUCGCGCUCGCUGAGCCCCUCGCCCUCCUGGAGCUGCGGCCCCUCGCACUCAGCGCCCGCCAGCCUGGGCGAGCGGGGCUUCUUCGCCGUCUCCCAGCCGGCGCUCGGGCUGUCGCGGGGUCCCAGCCCCGUGGUGCUGGGCUCGCAGGACGCGCUCCCCGUGGCCACCGCCUUCACCGAGUACGUCCACGCGUACUUCAAGGGGCGCGACGCCGACAGCUGCCUGGUGAAGGUGACGGGGGAGCUCACCAUGUCCUUCCCCGCCGGCAUCGUCCGCGUCUUCAGCGGGAGCAUGGCCCCCCCUGUGCUCAGCUUCCGCCUGCUCAACGCCGGCGCCAUCGAGCAGUUCCUGCCCAACGCCGAGCUGCUCUACAGCGACCCGUCCCAGAGCGACCCCAGCACCAAGGACUUCUGGCUGAACAUGGCGGCGCUGACUGGGCACCUGCAGAAACAAGCGGAGCAGAGUCCAGCCGCCUCCUACUACAAUGUGGCUCUGCUCAAGUACCAGUUCUCACGGCUGGGCCCCGGCUCGGCGCCGCUGCGCCUGUGCGUGCGCUGGGACUGCUCGCCGGGCGCCACGCAGGUCAGCGUCGAGUACGGUUACAACGCCGGCGCCCUGGCCCUGCCCGUGCCCCUCGCCAACGUCCACGUCCUGCUGCCCGUGGACGAGCCCGUCGCCAACCUGCGGCUCCAGCCGGCGGCCAGCUGGAACCUGGAGGAGAAGAGGCUGCUCUGGAGGCUGCUGGAUGUCCCCGGUGCCCCGGGGCAGGGAGGCUGCGGCCAGCUCUCGGCCAGCUGGGAGCCCCUCUGCGGGCCCAGCAAGCCCAGCCCCGUGGCAGCCCAGUUCAGCAGCGAGGGCAGCACGCUGUCGGGCGUCGAGGUGGAGCUGGCGAGCGCCGGGUACCGCAUGUCGCUGGUCAAGAAGAGGUUUGCUACAGGGAUCUACCUGGCAGGGUCCUGAGCCACCUCCCACCGUACCCUCCGAGCCCCCCUGGGCUUCCCCCUUGGUUGUGUGAACUUGAAACACUGGAUGGAGGCCAGCUGGGGAGGGGGUGCCGCCGGGUGGGAGCCCCCCCCCAAUCUCCUCCUCCUCUCCUUCUCCCUCCGGCCCCCCACUCCAUGGCUGUCACCGUGUCGUCUCCUGCUGCCCGGCGGUCGGUCCCCUCCACCCUCCCCUGUGCUGUGAAGGGAGCAGGAGCUGCUCUUUUAUUAAACACUUUAUUUUCUAAUA